AUUUCGUUCUCGUCAAAUCCAACGGCACAUGCACUGUGCGACACUACUGAGCUACUUGCAGGCACCCCCCAUGACGAUCACACAUUUGCGCUGGGAGGCGAUGGAUGGGUGUUAGGACCUAAUGAUCGGCUGUUAUCUUGGGUCCCACCCGCUUCUCGAAAAGCGUUUUAUAAUCCUCGGACUGUAUUAGUGAUACCCAGAGGUGGUGUUGAGCUUGAUCUGAGUAUCAUGGCGCAUGGGACAGGCUGGCAGCGCUGCCACAAGGAGUGA